AAUUGACCUUAAGCCUACUUAAGGCCUAGCUUGCCUCUGUUGGCUACAACCCCAGGCAACCAAUCAUCAAGAGAAAAAUGAAAAUGACAAUGUCACGAGCGCAAAAAAGAGCAAUGGAAAGUUUGCUGGUGGUUCUCUCACUAGGAGUCCUCGUCCAGCUCGCCGGCUGCAGCCCUCCGCCAGACCCGGUGAUGUGCACGCAUGGCACGUCCAACUGCACCAUCACCAACACGUAUGGCUCCUUCACGGACCGCACCAUCUGCCGCGCGGCCAAGGUCACCUACCCGCGGACCGAGCAGGAGCUCGUCGCGGCCGUGGCCGCCGUGGCGUCCACAAAACGGAAGGUGAGGGUGGCCACCAAGCACUCCCACAGCAUUCCCAAGCUGGCGUGCCCCGGCGGCGACGACGGCACCAUCAUAAGCACGGCGCGGCUCAACCGGACGGUGCACGUCGACGCAGCGAAGCGGCUCAUGACGGUGGAGAGCGGCAUGCUCCUCCGGGACCUGGUCGAGGUGGCUGCGGCCGCGGGGCUGUCCCUGCCGCACUCCCCGUACUGGCACGGCCUGACCAUCGGGGGCCUCUUGAGCACGGGAGCGCACGGGAGCUCGCUGUGGGGGAAAGGAGGCGCCGCGCACGAGUACGUGGUCGGGCUGAGGAUCGUAACUCCGGCGCCGGCGAGCCAGGGGUUCGCCGUGGUGAGGGAGCUCGGGGCUGGCCACCCGGACCUACAGGCGGCGAAGGUCUCCCUUGGGGUCCUCGGCGUCAUCUCUCACGUGACUCUGGCCAUGCAGCCGUUGUUCAAGCGGUCGGUGACGCUGGUGAAGCGCGACGACUCGGACUUUCAAGAGCAGGUGGCCAGGUGGGGUCACCUUCACGAGUUCGGCGACAUGACGUGGCUGCCGCUCCAGGGCAAGGUGAUCUACCGCCAGGACGACCGCGUCGACGUCUCCACCCCGGGCAACGGCCUCUACGACUUGCCCCUUACCCGCACCCGCGAGCUCAUCGAUGCAAGAGCCGCCGAAGAGCGGCUGCAGGAGAAUGGCACCGACACCGCCCGGUGCGAGGCGGCGAGGCAGCAGGCGGCCGCGUCGGAGCGGCUGAAUGUAUUCACCAACGAUGGCGUCUCCUUCACAGGAUAUCCGGUGGUGGGGUACCAGCACCGCAUCCAGGCGUUCGGUACGUGCUUCAAUAGCCCCGAGGAUGGCCUCCUCACUUCCUGCGCCUGGGACCCGCGUAUCCGAGGCUUCUUCAACUACAACUCCGGCUUCAGCAUCCCGCUGUCCAACGCACCGGCAUUCAUAGCCGACAUGCAACGUCUCCGGAACCUCAAUCCGGACUCGUUUUGUUCUUCUGUCGACCCCAACAUAGGCGUGCUCCUACGAUAUGUUAAGGCGUCAUUCGCUUAUCUUGGGAAGCCGGAGGACUCGAUCGGUGUCGACAUCAUCUUUUAUCGGAGCCACACCGAAGGCAUGCCGCGUGCACAUGCCGAUGUGGUGGACGAGAUCGAGCAGAUGGCGUUGCAUAAGUACGGCGGGAUCCCGCACUGGGGUAAGAGCCGCGAUUUCGCCUUCGAUGGUGCCAUCGCGAAGUACCCAAAAGUCCAUGAGUUUCUUAGGGUGAAAGAUAGAUACGACCCAGAGGGGCUCUUCUCCAACGAGUGGACUGACAAGGUUCUCGGUAUCAAUGGAAGUCCCAACAUCAUCAAAAAACGUUGUGCCAUUGAAGGACUUUGCAUUUGCUCCACCAACUCACACUGUGCUCCGGAGCAAGGCUACUUUUGCAGGCCAGGAAAGGUGUAUAAGGAGGCUCGUGUCUGCUCGUUCUUCAAGAAUUAUUAACAGUGGCGGAGCUAGAACCAGAUUUCGCCUGGGGCUAAGCUAUGUGAGUGAAAAACUUCUUUGAUUUUCUAUGCUUUCUCUAAAGAAAUUAUAAGGGAAUUUGUUACUAGGCAUGGGGCUAUAGCCCCAGCUGCCUCACCACGCUCCUUUCUGGUUGCUUGUCGGACCUGAAAAUAAUGAUGUGAUUUUCCUUGCUAUAUACGAGGAUACAUAUGUGAACUAGGUAAUAUGUUGUGGGCCGUCGCCACUAUUGCCAACUAUCAAUCUAUCUAUUCAAUGAUGAUGUUUUAGUU